CCUUGAUCGCCUCAUAGUUUAAACAGCGGUAAACCAAACAAUUCAGCGUAUCUUUUGCUGAUUGUUUUCCCUGCUAGGAACGUACAUAGUUUUACGAUUGUGCUUUUCCUGACUGCUGCCACGUGAGGGACUGCUCACGGAAGAAACCUACGUGGCUGGGGAUCGCUUGUUUUUCACUGUUCAGUAUUCAAUCAUAGGUGUAUUUGGAGCAUCGGUCGUACAUCCUGGGAUCAUCAAUUAAGCAAUGCUGGGUUUGGGAAAAGGUUACUAGUAUGAAAAGAUGACAGCAUACAUUGAAUCGGAAUCAGAAUCAGGUCCAUAUAUUCCAUGGGGUUUUCCAAAUGAAUUAAUUUUAUGUGAAGCAGCACGUAGAGAUGAUAUUAAAGCUGUAAGCAAAUCUAUCGCAAAUGGAGUGAAUGUAAACUUUAUUGAUGAUUUCGGGAAAACAGCAUUACACUAUGCAGCUGCAAAUGGCAGUUAUGAAUCAGUAAAACUUCUUGUCGCCAAUAAAGCGAAUGUAAAUACCCGGGAUUCAAAUGGAACUACACCAUUGCAUAUGGCUUCUAGAGGAAAUCAUACAAGAGUGGUGAAAUUUUUACUGAUGUCUGGAGCGGAUAUUAAUCAUGAAUGUCUUAGUGGUGUCAAACCAAUUGACUUAGCAGUUUACAAUUCAGAAACUUGGAAAGUUUUAUUAAACGCUACAAAUGGUGAUCUCCCAAAAAUUGAACAUUUAAUACAAACACGUACAGUUCCUUUAAUUCCCCGAUUUGUAAUACAAAGAGAAAUUGACAAACAAGCUAAGUUGAAUGAACAAAAAAAUGAAAAGAAGAAGGGUGGAAAGAAAGGAGGUAAAGGCAAAUCAAAGAAAUAGUUGAAUUAGUUAAGAUUGUUGAAAAAGUUAUCGUUUACUAUCUUCUAUACAUACACACACUAUGUACUUGUACAACACUGUUUAUAUAUUUAGUCAAUUCUAUAAUUCAGUCACAAUUAUUUAGCUUAAAAGUCUAACUAUGUUGGUCAGUGUAGUUUUAUUUUCUGAAGAUUUGCUUAAGCAUUUAUAGUUAUACCAUAUAUUCUGUACUCUUGAACUAGUGACUUACUUGUAUUUAUUAAAUAUUGAAUAAGUCAGUGUUGUUUUUUGCUUUCUAUCCUGUGUUAUCAAUAAAGAAGUAAGAAUUGAUGAAGAUGAAUCCAUUA